AUGGGUUUAGAGAAAAUGGACGAUUCUAUGUACAUUGAGUCCCUAGUUGCACAGUUUCUGCACUCUAAAGGGUACUAUAAGACUCUCAGUGCUUUAGAAGAGGAAACACAAACCAAAUUUACCCCCACUACCCUAAAUAAUGAUGAGUCCUUGCAAAGCAUUGUAGAAGAUAGGAUCAAUUUCAAAACACUGCAGUCGCAUACGGAAAAUGCACAUCAUCUUGAGAAUGGAGACGUGAACACACUGGACAGUCUCAGCCAGUCUGACAUUGUCAGAAGGAGGAAUAUAAUUCUACCCAAUUGGGAAGUCAAGUAUCCUGAUAGCGUUGAAGUGUUGAACCUGGGCACACUCAAUUCAUUGAUAAUUGAUUCAAGCUACUUCUCAUCAUUUAUUGGUGGAAAGAUCUACAACCUAGGAUUGUUUGUAACAAAUACAAAGUACCUUCUAGUUUAUGAUAUCGACGCCAAUCAAUUACUUCUAUCUGUUCAUGAUCCAUUGAAUGGACAACCGAUCAAACUGGUUUAUGGCAUUCCGUAUUCCAACCACCUUUUUUUAUGCGAUAUGAAUGGUAACUUGAGAACAAUGUCUCUGAAAAGAGAUGGUUUGCAGUACGAUAUGGAAUUGGUAACUAAUUCUAACGAUUCCGUCAAAUUGCACAGGCGUUUAAUUACUGACUUCACUUUCAAAUCGGUCAAACUGGAAUCAGAUUCAACCUUGUUAGGAUAUUUUUCAUCAAUUGGCUGGGACGGAAGAGUCACUUUGGGGUUGGUAAGAGAAGCCAACAAUGAAUUAAUCAUUAAACAAAUAGGCGAAUACAAGUUGUUUACUAAUCCUACAUGUAUUUUACUUACCAUUGAUAAAGAAACAAAUUUGCCUCUACUCCUAGUGGGUCGUUUAGAAAGCUCUUUAUUGACCAUCUUCAGCAUUAACAAACAUCCCCUGGGAGCCGAGGAAGUAAAGUUAGUUGAAUUGGGGAAGCUGUCUUUGAAUGAUUCUGAGUUUUCCUCACACUCAUUCCAAGCAAUGUCAAUUGGUGAAAUCUCUUACAACAAUAAAGAUUUGAUAAUAACUGUUGCAACUGAUCAUAUACCUUAUAUGCGGUUAAUAACUGUUCUUGUCCCGUCAAUCGAGGAAAUCUUAUCAUAUUCGAAAAAUAUAGACCCCAACUAUUCGGUUUUUGAAAAACUGGACAAAUUGGUAGUAAAAGAUAACAACCAGCAAUUUACUUCAAGCUCUCCGAUCUUAAGAUCAUACAUAAUCUCCAAUUUCAACUCGUUAUCUCCACAAGACAAGUAUUCAAAUGCCAUAAUAUUGAGCAGGCCAAAUUGCUCCGGCCUAUGGAUACCCGGUGACGAUGGAAAGCUAAGAGGGUUUGACUUACGUACAGGUAAUGUCAUAGAGACGCUAGAUUCCAACGAUGGUCGUGCAAAGUCUGCGUUUAUAGGUCAAUGCGGUAUGGAAUCGGAAGUUGUAGUGGUUUGUGGUGCCGUUGAUAAGAAGAUCGUUAUUUGGCGUUGUUCUUAA